UGACUGGUUCAACAUGUUGUUCUCUGUGGUGCUGCUGCUGCUGGUCAGUGUUACACAAGCCAGUCAUUAUUAUGGCACUUUGAUGACCUACUACCCUCAGGAAACUUAUGCAAAUGGAUCAGUCUCUGUGAUCCUUCGCUACAAGUUUAACUACAAAACUUGCUUAGUUGGUUCAGUUUCUUGCUCUGGCAACUGUGGUGUGGAAAGAUGGAUUCUUCCAGAUACCAAAUGUGAGGAACUCAAUGGUACUUGGUGUCAGAGUGAAAGAAUCACAUCUCGGCUGCUUCCCAACAACUCUAUGUUUCAGCUUGAACAUGCUGGUAAUAGCUGGAUAGAUAAUCUAAAUGGCGCUGUAUACUGGAAAGCUGUGACUGACGUUGAACUGAGGAACCGGUCCGACACCAACAGACCCAACUCAUCACCACAGACCACCAUGUUUCCAGCCCUCAGAGUUCCUUCAAACUGUCAGAGAAAUAUUAACCUGUUGGCCUUUGACCCCGAUGGAGAUGAGGUUAAAUGCAGAUAUGCUAACAUGUACUUGCAAGAAUGUGUCUCACCCUGCACACCUCCACCUGUUCUCAGCCUCUCCUCUAGUUGUACCCUGUCAUUCAGUGCAAAUUCAAACAGUAUUGAAGGUUGGUAUGCAGUCCAGAUGGUGAUGCAGGACUUUCCCAGAAAGGCAAUCACCCUGACUCAGACUGACAGGUCAAAGGUUGGGAAAACUACCAGCGAUGCAAUCAGCAAGAUACCCAUCCAGUUUGCUUUUCAAGUGGAUCCUGCAGCACCAUCCUGCUCAGAAGGUGUUUAUCUGCCGAGAUUUCUGGUACCAACUCCAGAACACGGAGCUCAGUUCUACACUCCCGUCAGUGUGGCUCUGAAGAUCAACAUCACAGCAGCUGCAACUCAGUCUGAGAUCACUGGGCUCCUGGUCAGCGGGCCGUACAAUGUGGUCAAGAGUUCUUCAGGAUCAGGAAGCUUUUCUCUGACGUGGAAACCAUCUGCAAGUGAAGAUGGACAGAGCCAUCCCAUCUGUUUUGUUGUCCAGUCAUGCUUGGUGGCUACUCCAAAGCACAAUGUGAUGGAGGAGAAGAAGUUGUUGCUUUGGCAGACCAAACUUUCUCAGCAGGAAGAACCUCCUCCUCAUUUUUGA